AUGGCUGCUGUUCGGCUUACUUCCGGCCAUUUCCGCCAGGGUUGCUGCUGGGUUAUCCGCUCCCGCUGCCAGCCCACCUGCACCUUCGCCUCUUCUUUUAACACGGGGAGUCGCCUGUUUUCGACCGUGGGCAGGUCACCCUCUCUGUCUUCUCUGCCUUCAUCUUCGUACCUACGUCCUGCUCUGCCGAACGCUAUCAGUCACUCCCCUCUUGUCCACGGAAGCUCCUUCAAACGCAACAUGACGGCUACCAGGCGGAAGAUCGUGGUCAAGAACCCGAUCGUUGAGCUCGAUGGUGAUGAGAUGACCAGAAUCAUCUGGCGGGAUAUCAAGGACAAGGGUAGAUACCUCGAAGUUGACCUCAAGUACUACGACCUGGGCCUCGAGUACCGUGACCAGACAGACGACCAGGUCACCGUUGAUGCCGCAGAGGCUAUCAAGAAUGUGGCUAUCUCCCAACGGAACCAUCCGAAACAUCCUUUCAUUGACAUUACUCAUAGUGGAGGAACCGUCUUCCGCGAACCCAUUGUCAUCCCACGCAUCCCCAAGCUCGUUCCGGGCUGGAAGAAACCCAUCAUAAUCGGCCGUCACGCCUUCGGUGACCAGUACCGUGCCACAGACCGCCUCAUCCCCGGACCCGGCACUCUCGAGCUCGUCUACACUCCCGCCGGCGGUGAGCCAGAGCGUAUCCAGGUAUAUGACUUCAAGGGCCCCGGUAUCGCCCAGACACAGUAUAACCUCGACGAGUCCAUUCGCGGAUUCGCACACGCCAGUUUCAAGUUGGCCAGCCUCAAGAGCCUGCCCAUGUACAUGAGCACCAAGAACACUAUCCUGAAGAAAUACGAUGGCCGUUUCAAGGACAUCUUCCAGGAGAUCUACGACAAAGAGUACAAGGCUGAUUUCGAGGCCAAGGGUAUCUGGUAUGAGCACCGCCUCAUUGACGACAUGGUUGCCCAGAUGAUCAAGUCCGAGGGAGGCUAUGUCAUCGCCAUGAAGAACUACGACGGUGACGUCCAAUCCGAUAUCGUUGCUCAGGGCUUCGGCUCUCUUGGGCUCAUGACUUCCACCCUCACCACCCCUGCCGGCGAUGCCUUCGAGUCUGAGGCCGCCCACGGCACUGUCACCCGCCACUACCGCGAACACCAAGCUGGCCGCGAAACCUCCACCAACCCAAUUGCCUCCAUCUUUGCCUGGACCCGAGGUCUCGUCCGACGUGGCCAGCUCGACGAAACCCCGGAGGUCGUCCAAUUUGCCGAACAGCUCGAGCGCGCCUGUAUCGAGGUCGUUGAUGUCGAGGGCAUUAUGACCAAGGAUCUGGCCUUGGCGUGCGGUCGUAAGGACAGGGAAAGCUGGGUCACCACCAAGGAGUACCUUGCUGCCGUUGAGAAACGGUUGCAGAAGAGCUUGGGAGAGGCCAAGCUGUAG